AUGUCUUUGCUGGAACGCUUGGUCAAUUUGUUGGGGCUAUCAAAGCCUGCCCCGGCGGUGCUGCCGGGGGCAGCGUUGGCGGCGACGCUUACUGUGCCGGCAUCGCUGGGGUUUGUCCCUGUCGCAGUGCAUUUUCAGCUCUUUGACGUGCUUGUACGACAUGGAGGACCGGCGACCGCGGAAGAGGUGGCCAACGGGGCCAACAAGCUCCUUCCAGGGGAGGCGCCUAGAAUCAGUACUCUACUUGCCGCGGAUACACUCUACAUCAUGGCCGGUCUGGGCUUGCUUGAUCGCGUGGACGAGAAUACCUUCAAUGCAAAUGCCAUCACUCGGCACAUGGUUGCCAUGCCCUCGGCUCAGCACGGAGCUGUGCAUUUCACUACUGAGGGAAUGAUGGCGGGCGCAUUCCUCAUGAAGAAGCUGCAGGAUACCAACUUUACUUAUCCUUUCAAUGAGGCUGAGGGCCCCCUUCAGUAUGCCUACGAGCGGAUGGGGGAGAAAGAGCUGGCGCAGCAGCACACUUACUCGAUCAUGGAGGCCCAGGGGCGGAUGGAUAGCUUUAACCAGUUUAUGGUCGGCAAGUUUCUCAAAUUCGGCACUUUCCCAGAACGCGUCACGUCGUGGGGAUACGAUCUGCGCGAUGCCCUCAGUCAACCGGGUACUGUGGCCAUGGUGGACAUUGGCGGUGGUCGAGGGGAGCUCCUCCUCGAAGUCCAAUCUGCAUAUCCGCAUCUUGGAGCGGAGAACCUGGUGGUGCAGGAGUUCAACACUGAGAUCGACGAUGUUCCCGGGGUGCGUUUGAUGGAGUGGAACUACAAGGUGAGCGCGGAACAACCGAUCCAGGGCGCGCGGAUCUACUCGCUUCAGCACAUUCUCCACAACCUGCCAGAUCUGGACGCGGUGGCUCUGCUCCAGAAGAUCUCCCGAGCCAUGGCACCCACAUCACGCCUGCUGAUUAUUGAGUACGCGAAAAACAUGACCUAUACCUCGCUCCACGCCAGUAUGAUUGCCCUUUACGGGGGGCGAGAGCGCAGUGCGUCCGAGUGGCGGCAACUGGCCAGUGUCUCGGGCCUGCGAGUGACUUUUGAACAAUAUGUACGGGCGGGAGAGUCUCUGGUGGAGAUGCGUCGAGCGGACUAA